AUGGAUGCAGCUGAAGACCGAGAAGUGAAGCUCCAGCGGGCAUCCAGUGAUUUGGUGACUGAGUUCUCGGCUAAACUGCCAUCACUACUUUGGAGAUCCCAAAAUGGAACCCCUCUCCGUACCCCACGCAAAUGGGCGCCAGUGUCCAAGACAGAGAGGCUUGUCAGUCUUUUGGAACCAUUCCAAGAGUGGCCUCAGCUUCUCGAUCCUCAUCUGCAGAAGCUUCUACCUCCUUUAGUCGAUGCAUUCUUGGCCUACUUGGUUAGACAUGAGGGUCAGUAUGGGUCGAAAUCUCCAAAAGGCUUACCGAAUUUUGCACUCUAUCCUCUUCCAAGAGCCAUCUGCAGACUACUUUACACCUUUUGCAAGGUUCGCGGCGUCAAGGUCAUCAGUCGGUUUCUGAACAAUGAACCCAAAUAUCUAGAAUCCAUGCUGCGAGCUUUCAUACAAUGGAACUUGAUAAACACUCAAGAUACAAUUGAUGAUUUAGCCGGACCUGAGCCUCAGGGAUUGCAAUGGGAAGAACGUUAUGUGAUGCUGGUCUGGCUCUCUCAUCUGCUUCUUGCUCCUUUUGAUUUGUCUUCGAUCUCGUCAGAUGACAUACCUAUUCCUUAUGACAAUUUGCAGCAACUGGGGACUAUUUCUCCCAAAACCCCCGUGGUUACCAAGUCACUACUUUCCUUGGCGCUUCACUACAUCAAUGCUUCUGGCAAAGAGCGCGAGGCGGCCACUGCUCUCUUGGCACGACUAGUUCUGCGUGGGGAUAUGCAAGCUCUGGGCCUUCUUCCAGGUCUAAUUCAAUGGGCAUUUGCGACACUUCAACCUGUCGAUAAUAAAACAGGCGAAGUUCCUUCUGUGUACUCAUGCAUCGGAAUUCUCUCAUUUAUUGCCCGUCUAGCGGGAUCGGGCCAGGUAGAGGAUUUGGCUCCUCUACUGAGGGUGGUGUUUGAAAAGACCCUGAGCGUCUCCCAGGGCGAUACGGAAGUCUCAAAAACAAUUCAAACCUCAGCCUUGGCCAGAAAGACCGUCGUCAAAAUUCUUCGUAACAUCACCGGAAUGGCUCUUUCUUUGAGUGAACGGGGAGAUGUUCAUGUAUCGGAUGAUCAAUUGUCUACUAUAUUAGAAGAUAUCAUUGAUCACUUCCUUAUUGCCCUUGCAGAUAAGGAUACUCCAGUUCGGUUUGCUGCGAGUAAAGCUCUUAGUGUCAUAACUUUAAAGCUGGACCCAGAGAUGGGGGCUGAAAUCAUUGAAGCUGUUAUUGGCUCUCUGGGCGAAAACAUUCUCUAUGAAAAGCAUGAUGGAACCCUACUGACAAGAUUUGAGGCCCGUGGCAUUGACACCCAUACGUUGAGACGCAACCUGAGUGGCGUUGAUGCUCAACGAUGGCAGGGGCUGAUGCUUACUUUAUCUCAUUUGUUGUUCCGUCGUGCGCCUCCUCUAACUCAACUGGCUGAUAUCCUUGAAUCUCUUGUAUCAGGCUUGGACUUUGAGCAGAGAUCUUCCACGGGCAGCUCUGUCGGAACUGGUGUUCGAGAUGCUGCUUGUUUUGGAGUAUGGGCUUUGUCUCGGAAGUAUACCACCUCGGAACUUCAAGCCUUGCAUCCGCAAAUGAUCCUCUCCCUUUCCGGGACGAGCGAGGUGGAUGUCUUGCAGAAGUUAGCUGUAGAGCUUGUCUGCUCGGCUUGUGUUGACCCUUCUGGAAACAUUCGACGAGGGGCGUCCGCAGCCUUACAAGAACUGGUUGGCCGUCACCCGAAUAUGAUCACUGAAGGAAUUUCUCUGGUGCAGGUUGUGGACUAUCAUUCUGUUGCUCGUCGUUCUCGUGCCAUUGUUGAUGUGGUAAAGGCAACCGCUUCACUGGAUCCAAUAUACUGGGGUCCUCUUCUGGGGGCCUUGAUGCAGUGGCGAGGUAUUGGUUGUCCAGAUGCUGAGUCCAGGCGACAAGCAGCGAAGUCCAUUGGCUCGCUCAGCACACAACAAAACUUCAAAACAAUCAACGUAGUACUCCAACGUCUAUUAGACAGACUUCCCCGCAUUCUCAGGAGUGAUGUGGAGUCGAGACAUGGAUGUAUUUUGUCCGUUGCUGCCACAGUAGAUGCUUAUAUCUCUGAAUGGAACUCCUCCCUGGAGAUAAGAGAAGAUGCCGAAGGAACCGCGGUCUCUUCUCAGGUGUCUCAACUGUGGGAGUUUUUUGAGUCGCCCUUAGCACCUACCGAUAACGAUUUGACCCUUCAAAAUUCAAGGCCCGAAUUGACUGCGGAGGCGUCAUCUCGCUUGAUCGCGUCUCUAUGCCGGGCAACCACCGUCACUGGACUUGCUCGGCCAUCUGAGGGGAUCAUUGAUCGCACCCUGAAGAUUCUUUCACUAUGUGUCUCGCGAAGUGAAGAUAUUUCUAUCGAAUCGUCAUCAAAUGCACUGGCUUCUCUUUUCCCACUUUUAUCGCUAAAGAAACAAGAUGAAACAGUACAGGCCUGGUUUUCUCACCUUCGUAUUUCCUCGAAACUACCAACUGGCCGUGGCCAGAUCUUAGCCCUGGGGGCUGUUUUCAAACAAUUCGAAGGGCGAGACGAACUUCUGCAGAGCAUCACCUCAGAACUACUUCAAUGUGCAGCGAAAGGGGAAGUCCUUGAAAAGCGAGUAGUUGCUGUGAGAUGCUUUGCAACCAGCAUUUUGCCAUACACAGGCGCAGGGACAGAACUUACGCUCAAGAUCGCAACUAGCUUGCUCACUUUCUUAAACGAUUACACCACGGAUAGACGAGGUGAUGUUGGGUCACUGAUUCGUGUGGAAGCAAUUCAAGCAGCAAGGGUGCUUCAAGGCAAACUUGUACCGCGUUCCCCUCUUGUCCAUGAUAUUGUUGGCUGCCUUUGCCGUCUCGCAUGCGAAAAGCUCGACAAGGUUCGACUUCAGGCCUGGCUUUGUUUACAAGACUGCGUUUGGGAGUUGGCUGAUGGAGAUGGGUUCUUGAAGAAAUUUGAACAUGCCAGCGAUGUGUCAUCACCAGAAUACUUUUUCCAGUUGCUAAAUCUAUGGCCACACGAAUGGCUGCGUCUGCCGAUACUUCAAGGCCUUGCAACCUCUGCAGUUACAGGUGCCGAGGGUCUUGUGCGCUCUUCACGAGAAGCCGUGAUUAAAUUCCUCAAUGUCAUCAAUCUCAAUUCCACUACCGCCAACUCUCGACCUGCUAAAUUGAUUGCCUUCCUACAAGUUCUGUCGACUGUUCUGAGCGAUAACAUUCUCGAUGAUCGCUAUGCAAUUCCAGCAAUUGAGUUCAUGGCGUUUCUAAUUGACAGCUACUAUGUCGCCAGUUCAGAGGAUGUGGACCCAGUUUUCCGGAAAAUAUUUGCAUUAGGUCAGAAAGCACAUUUCCGAUCCACCAACAUUGCUAGACUCGAAGCAGGAAUCAGGGUUUAUGCAGCAUUGUCGAGAAUCGAGUCCUUACGAAAUGAUGUUUUGAAGAAAUUGACAGGGAUGCUACUGCAUCCCUUCCCAAGGGUUCGAUUGAGUGCUGCAGACUACAUUUUCACAAUUACAGAUUCUGAGUCAGUCAAAUAUGAGGAUUGGUCGACACAGCCCAAGGAAUUAAAGGAGAAAGUAGAGGGCUUGAGGAGUGUUCUCUUACCAAUAUGA